AUGGCACCCUUUGUCACCAUCCGAAAUCUCAGCAACAAUCCCCUGAAUCUGGUCUUGGUGGAGCAUUUCGACCCUGCACCAGAAAAUGCGUUUCAGAUGCAAAAUGUCACAAUGUCCCUCGCAGCCGUGACUAACAGCGUUGGCAUCACAAACUCUACAACACGCAGAUCGGUGCCUCAGAUUGAUGCAAAUGCAACACCCUUCGCGACUCGAGAACUAUCCAUCAGUCUGCCGCCAUUUACCGUCACUCCUACUGAUGUCAAGGCUGUCAUCAAAGCCCCAAGUGAGCGACUACGGUUGACAUUUCAGACAGAAUUUGGAGGCAAGCAUCAGAUGUACUGUCCAGUACCGACGGAGCAAACAGCAUCUCUGGUCGCUUUGGCACCUAAUCCUAAAAUACGCUUUACCGGCAUUUAUCUCCCUGAUACAUCCUAUGUGGCUCUCUACAACACCUCACAUCUCGAUUCGUGGAUGCAAGAUCUACCGGACAACACUCCCUUGGGUGCACUCUCAAUCCCAGGAACACACAAUUCUCCGACGCAUCAUAAUGCGCCACCUUCAGUCAGGUGCCAGGCAGUUUCGCCAAAGGAGCAACUCGCAAACGGUGUUCGUUUCUUUGAUAUUCGCGUUCAGGUACCAGAACCGUACGACGUCAAUUCGGACAAGCUUCAUCUUGUCCAUGCCGCUUUCCCCGUUGCUCUGUCUGGGACCAAGUACUUCCGCGAUUUGUACAACACCGUCCUCCAGUUCCUCAAGGAUCAUCCAGACGAGACACUCAUCAUGUCCUUGAAGCGUGAAGGUACUGGCAAAGGAACCGACGAGCAAUUAGGUCGCAUCUUGAAGAAUCAUUAUACCAAUCCCCAAGAGUGGUUCACGGAGCCUCGUGUGCCAAAUUUGGGCGAGGUGCGAGGCCGUAUCGUCUUGCUUCGUCGCUUCGUACUGGAAGAAGGACUCAAGCAGGAGUGGCAGGGUCGUGGUUGGGGUAUCGAUGCGCAUAUAUGGGCAGACAACACGCCCAAUGCAAUGUGUCCGUCUGGUGAUGUCUGCGUGCAGGACUUUUACGAGGUUCUGGAAAAACCGACCAUUGAGAAGAAGAUCCAGUAUGUCAACGAGCAGCUUGAGCGUAGUGGUUGCUGCAUUCUCAACCCGGCGGAGGUGCAACCUCAGGGCGAGAAGAAGUAUCCUCUUUACGUCAAUUUCCUGAGCGCCAGCAAUUUCUGGAAGGUCGGUACCUGGCCAGAGAAGAUUGCUGCAGAAGUCAAUCCGGCCGUCACGGCACAUUUGUGCCAGAGGCACAUGCUGACAGAAGAUGGAAAAGUCAAAGACGGAGAUUGGUCAACAGGUAUCGUGGUGACGGAUUGGGUUGGUUUGGGUGGUGAUUGGGAUAUUGCCCGUUGCAUCGUUGGAAUGAACUCGAAGCUGCCGCCGCGGUAG